AGAUCUCAUUUCAUUGCGGGAAGUACUCCGCCACGGGUGUUGUUCGGUCCAAAAGUGCACGUUUGUUUCGGGCAUUGAGUGAUUAUUUCAUCAGAAAACCCCACCUUAAGACUGAGACGGAACGGCAGCAAAAUGGAUGCAAGUUUGUCCUCGGCUCAGAUUCGUGAUAUGUUCAUGGAUUUCUUCAAGGAUAAGUGUGACCAUAUCUAUGUCCACUCAUCAUCCACGAUUCCUCAUGAAGAUCCAACGCUGUUGUUUGCCAAUGCUGGCAUGAAUCAGUUCAAGCCAUUGUUCCUUGGAACAGCUGAUCCUAACAGUGACAUGGCCAAGUGGACACGCGUCGUGAACAGCCAGAAGUGUAUCCGUGCGGGAGGCAAACACAAUGAUCUCGACGAUGUGGGCAAAGAUGUUUAUCAUCACACGUUCUUUGAGAUGUUGGGAAAUUGGUCCUUUGGUGAUUUCUUCAAGAAAGAAUCAAUUGAAUGGGCCUGGGAUCUACUGACUGGUGUUUACAAGUUGCCCGCAGAGCGAAUGUAUGUUACAUACUUCGGUGGACUCGAGGAGGCUGGACUAGAGCCUGAUUUAGAAACCAAGCAAAUCUGGCUUGACCUUGGAAUCCCAGAAAGUCGUGUUGUCCCUUUCGGUACAAAGGAUAAUUUCUGGGAGAUGGGAGAUACUGGUCCAUGUGGUCCGUGCACCGAGGUUCAUUAUGACAAGAUUGGAGGACGUGAUGCUACACAUCUCGUCAACAUGGACGUGCCAGAUGUCAUGGAGGUCUGGAAUCUAGUGUUCACACAGUAUAAUAGAGAAGCAGAUGGUACCCUGAAGCCUUUACCAAAGAAGUGUGUUGACACUGGAAUGGGUCUGGAGCGAAUUGCAUCGAUCAUUCAAGGAAAACCAUCCAAUUAUGACACUGACUUGUUUGUGCCUUUCUUCAAAGCUAUUCAGGAGGGGUCGUCAGGUGUUCGAGAGUACGGGGGGUGUGUUGGUGCUGACGAUGUGGAUGGCAUAGAUAUGGCGUACAGAGUCUUGGCUGAUCAUGCUAGGACCCUCACCAUUGCACUGUCUGAUGGUGGUCGCCCAGAUAACACUGGACGAGGAUAUGUUCUGAGGAGGAUCUUGCGACGUGCUGUGAGGUAUGGUACGGAGAAACUCAACUGCAAACCUGGAUUCUUCGCUACACUGGUUGAUAUCGUUGUGCAGACAUUGGGCCACUUCUUCCCGGAGGUUAAGAAAGAUCCCGAGAUGGUGAAAGACAUCAUAAAUGAAGAGGAGGAACAGUUUCUGAAAACGCUCAGUAGGGGGCGUCGCUUAAUGGAGAGGGCCGUUGGAAAAGUUGGUGAAUCCAAGGUAUUCCCAGGUGAUGUUGCUUGGCGGUUGUACGACACAUAUGGCUUCCCCGUUGAUCUGACCUCAUUAAUCGCCGAGGAGUCCCAGCUGAAGGUCGACAUGGAUACAUACCAGGAGUGUAUGAAGGAGGCUCAGCGUAUUUCUCAAGGUGGUGGAAGCACCAUAGAUGACAAAAUCAACCUUGACGUGCACUCCCUCGAUGAGUUGGUAAAGAAGGGAUUCCCUCCAACCAAUGAUUCACCAAAAUACAACUACACAGCUGACAAAAAUGGAACUUACACAUUUGAGACGAGCACCAGCACAAUCAAGGCUAUUCGCAGAAACAAACAGUUUGUGGAUGAAGUCACAACUGGUCAAGAGUGUGGUAUCUUGCUGGACAAGACAAACUUCUAUGCUGAACAGGGAGGUCAGAUUUAUGAUGAGGGGUACAUGAAUAAAGUUGGAGAUGAUGAGUGUGAAUUUGCUGUGAAGAACGUCCAGGUUCGAGGCGGCUAUGUGCUUCACAUCGGAACUGUGGAAGGCACACUGAAAGUUGGGGACGAGGUUCUACUCACCAUUGAUGGGACACGACGUAAGAAUGUGAUGAACAACCACACCGGUACACACAUGCUUAACUUCUCCCUGCGCCAAGUCUUGGGUGAGGCAGAUCAGAAGGGAUCACUGGUCGCUCCUGACAGGCUGCGUUUUGAUUUCACUUCUAAGAAAGCCAUGACCACCAGCCAGAUCCAGGAAGCUGAGGACAUCACCAAUGAUGUAGCCAAGAGAGAUGAUGCAGUGUUUUACAGGAAUGCUCCUCUUGGAGAGGCGAAGGCCAUCCAGGGGCUGAGGGCAGUGUUUGACGAGACAUAUCCUGACCCUGUCCGAGUCGUGAGUAUUGGUAGACCAGUGGAGGAGCUCCUUGCUGAUCCGACGGGGCCCGGAGCAUCACUUGGCUCAGUGGAAUUCUGUGGAGGAACGCAUAUCUUGAGAAGCAGCCAUGUUGGUCACUUUGUGAUCGUAACCGAGGAAGCCAUCGCUAAGGGCAUGAGACGAAUCAUCGCUGUGACUGGCCACGAGGCAGAGAAGGCGUUACAUCAAGCUGAUAUGUUUGAUAAACAGUGCGAGGAACUUCGACAGCAAGUGGAGGCCUGCAAGACUGGAGGGGGUGGGGAGAGCUCACAGAGACAGAUCAGUCGUGCUAUUGUGGACUUAACAGAGGAGGUUGGCAGAGCCAGUAUACCACACUGUCGGAGAGAUAAGGUCAGAAAUCAACUGAAAUCAUUGAAAGGAGUUUUAGUGGAUAUGGACCGAUUGAAAAAGGCUUCUCAGAUGAAUGAUGUGAUUGAAGAAGCCAAGAAACUAGCCGAAGAAAUGGCUGAGCAGAAAGUUGUCGUUCAGGAGUUUAAGGCUGGAUCAAAUCGGAAGGCUCUCAAUGAGGCUAUCAAGCAAUUCAAAAAUACGUCUGUGAUGUUGUUUACUGUUGCUCCAGAAGAGGGCCAGAUUAUCUGCCUGAGUUCUGUGCCAAAGGAGGUUGCAGGCAAUGGUGGUCUUAAAGCCAGUGAAUGGGUCGCGAAGGUCUCAACUGUUAUUGGAGGAAAGGGUGGAGGCAAGGACCUGGCCGCCCAGGCUGUCGGAUCUAAUGUCACUGCUCUCAAGGAAGCAAUGGACGUUGCUAGAGACUUUGCUAAGAUGAAAUUGAAUUAAGGGUGCAUCAUUACAGUUUGGUAUCAUUUUAUGGAGUGCACAAUGCGGUUUGGUUCAAACAGCGUCAGUUGCGUUACUGAUGUUUAUGGGUCACCCAAGAUCAUGAACAGAUUGAGACUGGUUAGUCUCCACUAUGUUUUUCGUUAGUAAACAGACUGCAAUGGGCACUAGCAAGAUAAUAAGCGGUGUCUCUGUACAGUGUAUACAUGUAUCAAUGUAUCAUGUUUCAAAACCAAUUGUCCGGUUAGCAGACUUUCAGGGCGGGGGGGGGGGGGUUGUUCGGUCUCUAUAUAAAAUGGAAACUAACUCGAAAUGUAGAAAUAUUGGGAGGGUUGGUUGUAGAAUUAUUGCACAUGUAACUGCUAAGUUUAACAUUCAUCGACUCUCAUUCUUGCUGAGGAAUAGUUAUUUAUUUGUUCAUUUAAAUAUACAUCUGAAAUCAAUGUGCUAAUUUGGAUUUGUUUGCAAUAUGGCGAGGUGUUCUUGGAUGUAAACAUACUGAUGAAAUUAAAGAAUCAUUACCAUGCAUUUA